UACAAUGCUUUAUCUAGUACAUCCGGACGUUGUUAACAGUUCAACUGUGUAACAGACGAGUAAGGAACAUCACUAUGGUGACUGGUGGUCGUGUUGAAAAUAAUAAAAUCGAAAUAAGUGAUAGUGAGGAUGUACCUGAUAAUAAUAUAUGGGGAUAUAUUGUUGGUUUUGGUACAAUCAUAACAUUUAUUGCAGGAAUUGGACAUGUGAAUUCAUUUGGACUUAUUUACAAUGAUUUUAUUAUUGAAACAAAUUCUACUGCAAAGUCAUUGACCACCGCACAUGGAGUGUUCGCCAUAAUGCUGGCUAUUGGAGGAUUGUUCCUCAAUAUGAUAAUAAAAAAACGCUCUUUAAGAUUUGGUGGAUUACUGGGUGCAUUAAUAUUUUCAAUUGGAUCUUUAUUAACGAUAUUAAUAACAAAUACAAACCAACUGCCUCUAACAUUUGGAACUCUACAAGGAGUUGGUUUCGGAAUGAUGGUACCAGUUUGUUAUUCAACAUUAAAUUAUUACUACGUCAAGAGAAGAACGCAAGUAAUGAGCGUAAUAAAAGCACUACAAGGAUUUAUUCUAAUGUGGUAUCCACAGUUAAUUAAACUAUUUAUGACGGAAUAUGGAUUUAGAGGGACAUUGUUAAUAAUAUCAGGAAUAUCGUUGCACGGUAUACCAGGCAUGGCUGUUAUGAGGACUAAGCCAUUAAGAAAUUUCCGAACCGCAAAAGAUGCCAAGAAUGAUGGUGAACAAGAAGAUUUAUUGAAUGUUGAAAAUGGUAAACUAAACGUGCUGAAACUAAAUGAGAAGAAUUUAACAGACGAAGAAGAUAAAAGCAAAAUAAAAGAAAUUAGGCACGAAUUGUUGAAACUACUCAAUAUAAAAGUGUUAAAAGAUCCAGUUUUCUGCAACAUUUGUGUGGGACAGAGUUUUGUGAGCUUCUCUGAUCUGACAUUUUUCAUCUUGCUGCCGAUGCUUUUGUUUCAGUACGAAUACACUUCGAGUCAAGUGGCAACAUGUAUAUCUAUCACCGCAGCUGCUGAUGUGGCCGGUCGCUGCAUCCUCGCGGUUAUAAGCAGUAUUAUAAAUAUUAAUACAAGAGUUCUCUACUACAUAGCUACGGUUUUCACACUUAUAUGAUGCUGCAGGUCCGUGAGUUCGUUUAUGUCGCGGUUGUAACGGGUGCAUUGGGCGUGCUACGCGCGUGGCUGCACGUUGCCAGCCCG